GUGCAACAGGUGAACAGCUGUGCGUACUUUGACGCCUUUUCACUAAUAGGAAAUAGGAACUUACCAUUUUGAAGGUGCUCCAGAGCUAUAAAAACAUUAAAAGAAAUAAAGUAGAAGCACUUUAACCCUCACAAGGGGUCAGCUGGUCCGGCUAAACACAUUAUCUAGUAUCCGUCGUCUCUUUCAACCAGUGUGAAAGUUAGUUAACUCCGCCUCUCCGGGCUGCCAGGGGAGCGGUGCCUGCUGGACGCGUCACCAAACGUCACUACCAUCUGGAUUGGUUGCUGCGGAUAUUUGUUGCAGGAAUGCGCCCAACAAGCAGCCCAUCGAGACCUGGAGAGAAACAUCACGUGACUAUAACACUGGAUCGUCAGUAGAGAGCAGCAAGUGUUCCCUCCUUCUCUCCUGCUCUGCCUGCUCUGUAAGAUUCAUCUUCCAGAGAGUGGUUGCAAGAGGACAAGCUGAGGCACUUUAUGGGAUUGUUUUUCAUUUAGAAGACAUGUCUCUGUACCGAAAUGCAGUGUGGUUUUUGAAUGGGAUUCACCAUUAUACAAGGAAGGGAUACGAGACGGCAGCUCAUUACUUUGAUCCUGAACACCUAAAUGUGUCCGUCGUGGGGAGGUCUUUUAUGAUCACUGGAGCAAAUAGUGGAAUUGGAAAAGCGACAGCCAUGGCAAUAGCAAAGAGAGGUGGGACAGUCCACAUGGUGUGCAGGAAUAGAGACAGAGCAGAGGAGGCCAGGGAGGACAUCAUCUAUGAGUCUGGGAAUACAGAAGUCUACGUCCAUAUUUUGGACGUGUCAGAGACACGCAAAGUCAGGGAGUUUGCAGAGGACUUCAAGAUGCAGUACUCUUCCUUAAAUGUGUUGAUAAAUAAUGCAGGUUGCAUGGUGCACAAAAGAGAGCUGACUGCUGACGGACUGGAGAAGAACUUUGCCACAAACACGAUGGGGGCGUACGUCCUCACCCAGGCUCUCAUACCACUUCUACAGAAGAGCCGGGAUCCAAGAGUGAUCACUGUGUCAUCAGGAGGCAUGCUGGUCCAGAAGCUGACAGUCGAUGACUUGCAGUCAGAGAAAGGCUAUUUUGAUGGUGUCAUGGUGUAUUCCCAGAACAAGAGACAGCAGGUGGUGCUGACACAACAGUGGGCCAAAGCCAAUCCACUCAUUCACUUCUCUGUGAUGCAUCCAGGCUGGGUAGAUACACCAGCUGUUGCCACAUCCAUGCCACAGUUCCACCAUAUGAUGGGGGAGAGGCUGCGCGGUGUGGAGCAGGGAGCCGACACCGUAGUGUGGCUGGCCUUGUGUCGGGCUUCAGCCAGAUCACGCAGCGGGCAGUUCUUUCAAGAUCGUAGCCCUGUUCCUGCCCACCUGCCUCUGGCCUGGACUCACAGUUCUCCUGAAGAUGUUGAGAGUUUCUUGAGUCGGCUGGAAACUUUGGCCAAAGCUAUUCUGUCACAACCUGAGGAAGAGCACAACAGUCCUGUGAGCUCUACCAAACCGGAGUUUGUUUGA